CACCACCUUGCCCCGUGCGUGUUGUGUAUUCCAAAUUCCUGAUUGCUGCAUUGCGCCGCUAACCUGUGCCUUUUUGCCGCCAAAAUUGUUCUUGUUUGUUCCUUCUUCAAGAUCUUCAAGCAUUCGAAUCGAUUCGACUCGAAUCGAAAUGACUGUGAAAAAGCCUGUGAACGAAUCAAUAGGUUCUGAUCUACAGAAAUCAAAGGAGUUCUUGUCGAUGAUGAUUAACGAAGAGAGGAAGAAAUUGUCGGAUCGGAAGGUUGAUCGGAGAUCAUGUGGAAUGUCGAAGGUGUUUGAUGCGGAGGUGGAGACGGAUCAAGAGAGUAUUGGAUCGUCGGAGGAGAUAGAGUCGCCGAGAUCGGUGUCGAAGCUUGGGCAAUGGACGCCGAAGAAGGUUUUUCAUGUGCACAGCCAAAUUCUGAGGAUCAGAGAGGAAGAUUUGCACAUUGGUGAGGAUAUCGGUGAGGGUUUGAGUGCCAAAGAUAAGAUUUCUGGUAAUCAUCAUCAUCACCAGCUGGCUUCUUCGCAUGUCGAUGUCGUGCUUUUCUCGAGGCCGAUCUUGCCUGCUUCGCCUCUCAGCGGCAAGACCGUACACUGAACCAUUUGAGAUUUUGAAGACAAAGAAUGUGGUAAAGAGCCAAAAAGAUUUCCUGAAGGGUUGGAGUUAGGUUUGGUGUUUCAGUUUGCUUUCUUUAGAAGUAAGGACUCAAAAAAAGACAUGUAAACAGAGAAGAAGAAGGUCAUCAUGUGUAAUUUUUGCUGUACAGUUAGGAGGAAGCAAAAAUUCAUUAGCUGAUGAAACAUGACAAAUUGGACCUCUCUUUUGUUCUUUUUAAAUAGCGAUUAAAAUUAUAUUUUAAAAAAAUGAUAGAUUCGUAGA